CGUAGGUCCGUUUCUAUCGGUAGCCGUUUGUAAAUAGUCACCAAGUGCGUGAAGCAGGUUUCAGUUAAUUCAGUUGUUUCUGUCCACUUCCUAGUUCCUGUCACGAGUGUCACGGUUACAGAAAAAUGUCCAAAGUGCCUACGGUGAAAUUCAACAACGGCCAGACAUUCCCUCUCUUCGGUUUGGGAACGUGGAAAUCCAAACCUGGAGAAGUUGGCCAAGCAGUGAAAGAUGCCAUCGACAUCGGCUACCGUCACAUCGAUUGCGCCCACAUCUACGGAAACGAGGCAGAAAUCGGAGCGGCCCUUAAAGAAAAAAUAACGGAUGGUACCGUGAAGAGGGAAGACCUCUUCAUAACCAGCAAACUGUGGAAUACCAUGCAUAGGCCGGACUUGGUGGAACCGGCUAUAAGGACGACUUUGACCAAUCUGGGGUUAGACUAUCUUGAUUUGUAUCUCGUCCACUGGCCUUUCGCUUUGAAGGAAGAAGGUGAACUGUUCCCUGUCGACGCCGACGGAAAAACCGCGUACAGCGACAUCGACUAUCUCGACACCUGGAAAGCUAUGGAGGAGGUCCAAAAGAAGGGACUUACAAAAUCCAUCGGCGUAUCCAACUUCAACAAAAGACAACUGGAACGACUUCUAGCGAAGUGCACAAUUCCACCAGCAACAAAUCAGAUUGAGGUGCACCCGUACCUCAACCAAAAGAAACUCAUAGAGUAUUGCACGUCCAAGAACAUCGUCAUCACUGCGUACAGCCCCCUGGGUUCGCCAGAUAGGCCUUGGGCUAAACCAGAUGACCCUUUGCUCUUGGAGGACCCGAAAAUCAAGGCGAUUGGGGAAAAGUACGGUAAAACUCCCGCGCAAGUCGUCCUGAAGUACCAGGUCCAAAGGGGGUGUAUUACCAUUCCCAAAUCCGUGAACAAGGGCAGGAUCCAACAAAACUUUAAUAUAUGGGACUUUGAACUGAGUGAGGAAGACGUGGCGCUUUUGGACACCUUUGACUGCAAUGGUAGAAUCUGCCCAUAUACCGAUGCUCUUACACACAAGGACCAUCCUUUCGCAAAUGAUGAAUAUUGAGAUGUUUCUUUAUUUAUUUAUAUUAAUUUUAAGUCAUUUUGAGAUUUAUAUUUUUCAUAGUGCUAGCACAAGCACGUAUAAUGUAUAUGUUCAUUACACAUUAAAAGUUACAUAAAAUA